CGCCUAUAUCCAAAACUUCAGAGAAUCCUCUAAUUCUUGAUUUUUGUUUUUGAUUCGCCGUACGAUCUUUCUCCAAAAUCCAUCUUCUUCACGGGAAUUUUGAAUUCUUGUAGCGAAAAAUCGACGAACGAAUCCCUAAUUUCCAGUCAGAAAUCGAACUUGAGGUGGUCUUACUUGAAUACGUUGCUAAUGGAUGAUUCCGACUUAUUUUCGUUGAUUUUGCCUCGCUCCCCGCUAAUACUGUCAAAACCCUAGACGAGUCGUCUUCAUCACCAAUCGCGUCGAUGGGAGCCGAUGCUGUUCAGUCAUUGGCUAUUUCGUCGCCAAAUCGAGAUCAUGAUGAUCCUCUGUCGACAGAAUCCUCAAUUGGGUCUCGAAAUUUAGAUGGGUCUCUCUCUGCACCAUAUUUGAUGAGAACGCAAUGGUGAUACUUAUCCAUGGUGACAGAGUCUCAGAUUCCGCUUUUAAUUGACUCUGCGAGCAAUUACCCGUGGUCGCAAUCUCUAGACGAAAUCAACAAUUCAAUCUUUGACUUCUGAGAAUCGCCAACAAUGGACGCCCAAUGCUUCGUCUGGAUAUGAUACUGAUGACGAAUUAACAAUUGAUUUUUUGAUCCAGCCCUUGUUGAGAUUGAAGCAAGAACCUCCGAAGAUCGUUGAGCCCAGGUGCUGGACUUUUGAAUCUAGGCAACAGUUGUUUCGUGUUGCAGUAUCUCACUCACAAUGCGGCGCUUAUCAUACAAACCUCAAGAUCUUUGUAACUGUGACAAUGAAGAGUUCUGUGUUAUAAAGGCUAUUCGAAGUCACAUCGAGCCUGCUUUGACUACUUCAACAUCUCCUUAUUAUUUCUUUCACAAUCUCAAUUGUGCUAACCUUGUUCAGCAUAUCUUUGGUGGUCGUCUCGUGAGUGGGCUUCGUUUCUGCAACUGCAACUCUGUUUCUGAGACAUUUGAGAACUCUCUUGCUUUGAGUUUGGAGAUUGGAGAUGUGGAAGAUCUUUGGAGCGCACUAUAUUCUUUUACCCUUGUAGAAAAGCUUGAAGACGACUGUCCGACUUUGCAAAUUCAACUCAAGCAAUUGGAUAACACAAAGAGCCAAGAUGAAGAAGAUCCUUGCAAGCAGACAUUGCCGAUAAGCGACGUUGCAGAUUUUAAGGAAACAGAAACUUCAGCUGCCCUUGUAGCUGAGAUUGUUAGAAGAGAAGGCCCUAAUCUUUGGCAAGAGAUAUUCGCUUUAUUAACCUCCUUGUCUGCACAGGGCCCCUUGCAAGCUGAAUUGGUCUUAAUGACGCUGAGAUGGCCUCCUGAAGAUAUUACAGUAGAUUUCAUGAAGAAACCUCACGAUAGAGAGUUGGGCCAGCCCAAUGCGAUGUGUGAUCAUUGCAUGGUUCACUGUAGCUUGCAUUGGAGAUGAAGAAUCAUCAAUAUGAUGCAAUGAAACUCAGGAAACAAGGUUGAAAAAUUCUAUCCAAUGAAAUUUAGGAAGUAAAAGUUGCUGAGAGAAGAAAACUCAAGAAAAAAUAUAUGUUUUCAAUUCUC